ACCCGCACUUCAUCGAGAACAACGAAGGAGAAGCUCAACAAGUCUCUGACAUCUACAGAGAAAGAACGAGAAAAGGCCGAAAAACAAGCAGAGCGUGAGCGUUUACGUGAGCAAAGGGAGCAGGAGCGUCGUGAUCGUCAAAAUAGACGGGAACAGGCAGAGCGCGAGAAGGAGGCCCGUCGACUGCAGCGGCAGGAGGAGCGUCGAAUUAAGGAGGAGGAGCGAGCUAGACGGGAGGCGGAGAAGCGCGCUAGGGAACGCGAGCGUGAGGAGGAGCGAGCCAAGCGCGAAGAGGAGAGGCGCGCCAAAGAGCGCGAACGCGAGGAGGAACGAGCCAGGAGGGAGGAGGAGCGCCGCGUGAAGGAGGAAGAGCGUCGAAGGCGCGAAGCUGAGCGAGCGCGCGAGGAGGAGGAGAAGAAACGCAAGACGGAGAAACAGCGGGCCAUUUUAAUGGGGUUCUUCGUGCCACAGGAGAAGCCCACAACUCAAAGCACUACGGCAAGUGAUACCUCCACCGCUGCGACACCGUUUAUGCAAUUUGAACUGAAAAAAGACCAGCGAAGGGCGCCCGUAUGUAGAAUCGAGUCAGAGGAAUUGAGGCAGACGAAGUGGAAGAAUGUGGAAGCCCUCAGAGUUUCGUGGCAGUCUGGCUCGCCCGCGAUCGAUGGAUCACGACUCGGUCUGACUAAAUUCGGUCAACCAAAUUAUCUCCAUGAGCUGCGCACCGGACAAGUGAAACCACUCUCAUCUGCUGCCACGUGGCCCGUUGAAAUGCCAGACGUCCUGUGUUCGGGCAGCGGUAUGCCCUUGGACAAUUCGGCCUUCCUUCGCUAUAACCAUGGCGAUCCCGGCAACGGAGGCACGGUGUGGACCAAGGCAAAGUUGUUCCAGUUUGUGGAGAACUAUCGUCCCGCUUACUAUGGCACGUGGCGUCGUCGCAGCUAUGUGAUCAAGGGGCGUCGACCCUUCUCCAAAGACCACCUUCAGCUAGACUAUGAGGUCGAUUCGGAUGAUGAGUGGGAAGAGGAAGAGCCUGGCGAAAACAUUUCCCAGUCUGAGGGCGAAGAGGAAGAAGACUUAGAUGAUGACGACGAUGAGGACGCUAAAUUCCUGGUUCCACACGGUUAUCUCUCUGACGACGAGGGCGUCCGCGGUGAUGAGGAUGAGGAGGGCGGGGCCGUUGCCAGAGGCGCUGGUGACGCCGGAGAAGCCAUGGAAAUGAAAAAACUCCGCCAGCGUCUCUCACUUGCCGAGUACGAGACGGCACACCGUCGAGGUCUGCAUAAGCUUAAGCCACUCCUCCUGGGGCCAAUUUGGGCCAAAAAUCCGCUUGGGGCGCUGCAAGAAACGAGCGCGAAUGAGUGGGUCACCCAUGAAAUGGACGAGAAUAAGGAAAACAUUUCUGUAGCAGAUCCUCUGUUGUCCGCAAAGGAAACCAAGACCACUAAUCACAUCUCCGCGUUACCGUCAAAGGGCGAAUUCGAUCUAAUGCGCUCCGUACUAAACGCCUACAAGGUUUGUGUUGAUUUGCUAGGAACGUUUCUUUCGGCCCGCACACCUUCUGAGUUUAAAUUUGAGUGCGAUGUCGCCAUCGAAAAUCCCUCCACAGGUUCUAAGACACCUGCAUCUGGACGAACUAAGAAGCAAUUUCCCCCCGAGGCCAUCCCUUAUCUGAUCCGACUAGUCCACAAGAAUUCCUUGAGCAAAGUGAAGCUGCAGUUCGAGUUCCGUGUCUUUUGGCUCAAGCAUACGACGGACGAACCGGUGCCAAAUUGUUGUCUCAGCUACAAGGAGUACAAACAGCGGCCUGAAGCCGAGUCGGCUGCUACCCCUACUGGAGACACUGCGACCCCACCUAAUCUCCGACGGCCACAGGCCCAGCGGAUGCAACCAAUGACAACUCUCCCCCUGUCCAAGAGACAAACCAUGGCCAAGAUCUGCGAAAUUGCAGUCUUCGAAGAUGGCCAAUGGCGAGUUCGUCCGGAGGUGUUGGAAGCAUGCAAGGCCGCUGUUUUGGCCCCCACAGGUCUCCCAGAGGCCUCUGAAUCCGUCAUGCCCAUCACCGACCCCUGUUUCUCCUUCCCUGCCUGGUCCUAUCUCACGGACGUGGCCACCUUCACUAAUCGUAGGUCACUGCAGUCAUGUCAGGCCACUGCAAGUACUACACCAACGUCUCCCCACCCUCCUCCUCCUUGUGGUAAUCUGACAUCGCCUUCGACCGGGACACCUCCCAUCGCCAAGCGUCUGGCAACGACUGAAGUCUCAACGACGCCACCGGUGGUAGCCAAGAAGAGAACUACCCUGGAGACUUUCUUCGCUGCAGCCCCGCCAUCCGCAAAAAGGAGGAAGGACGAUGCCUGA